CAUGUAAGACUACAAUGGUCUUACUCAAAGGUUAUGGGUCUAACAUCUUAUUCCUGGGCCUUGUCAUUCUUUUUUUCCUUAUUAGAAGAGGUUAAAAUGCAGUUCAUGAGGCCUGUGACAGAUUUGCAAUUGGUUCUGUUUUAUAUCGCUGUAGAAUGCCUGAAUUGAAUCUUUGUCUCCUUCAGUUGGUGCAGAUAUGAUGAUUGAUCAUGAUCCAUGCUUUUUUUUUAUUUGCUCAAAAUAAGAUGCUUUUACCAUAAAGCAUAUUUGCUCAGCAAAUUUUGAUGCUCUCAUUCAUACUCAAGAAAUAAUUCAAGCAAAGGCAUAGUAAUUGAUGUUUUUGGUGUGGAAAAAAGAUCAAAGUUUCACUGUUUGUUUGCAGAUGCUGAUUUUGCUGUGCAGGUGUUAUAUUAAUAGUAUCUGAAGCUCUCAUCAAAAGAUAUUGUCUAGGUGCUAAUUCUCUGGUGCUGUUAAAGCUUUCCUCAAUAUAUGACAAAUGAUAGGAGAGUAAAUUCCCUUUUUUCUUAUAUAUUAUUAAUAAACAUCUUAGAUAUAAUCUAUGCUAAAGGUUACAUAUUUUAAUGAUAAUGCUAGCAAUGUUUUUUUUUUACUGACUGAAGAAAUGACAAUGUAUUUUUUCUUGUUUUUACAUUUUGUGAACACGCAAUUGAAAAAAAUAGUUGAACAAAGUUAAAGUAAAAAUAAAAUGAAUAAUAGCAACAUACUUAUCUUUUAAAAUAAUAAUAACAGUAUACUUAUCUUUUAUCCAUUAAUAGCAACAUACUUAUCUUUUAUAACAGAUAAUAGCAAAAUACUUAUCUUUUUAUAACAAAUAAUAGCAACAUACUCAUCUAUGUUUGAUGCUAUAAAAGAAAGUGUAACCAGUCCUUUGUUUCUUCAUUGAUCGACCAGACCAUGGACAGGUAUAAUACUAGUUUUAUUUGUUGAUUGUUAUUAUAUACUCUUUUAAUAAAAAAAGUUAUGUACUUUUGUUAUUUAUAUGUUUCUAAUAGGAUCUUAUAUUAAUAUCGAUCGUGAAGAUAUAUUAGUAAUUGUUAUUAGUUGUAUAUUCUGUUUAUAUUCUGAAUUUAUAACUUUAUAUAUAAAAUGUAAUAAAGUUAUGAACUAUUAUUUGAAAUGGAAUGGAAAAAAAAAUAAUUAAAAAGUGAAAAGUGAAACCUUUACUAUGUUGGUGGUGGAUUGUAGGGACCAUAAUCCCAUUUUGCAAAAAAGAAAGGAGCCAACCUAGUUUGACAAAACUGCUCUCUACUGUUUGUCUUAAUUCAAAACUUCAAUAUAGAAUACAACUGCUCUUCAAGAGAAGAAGAAACAAGAUGGCAUAUGCACAUGUCCAGAUGUUCAUGGAAAAGCUGAAGCAGCUGAUAUACUCCAAUGAUAUUCCAGUGAUCAACAACCCAUCAAUCAUUUGUGAAAGGCCUCAAUUCCAACUGCUUUAUGAAGAACUUGGCUCCAUGAUCCAAAUUUUUUUCAACCACGAAGACCAAGAUCUACACAACUUUGAAGAAGUUAGAAAACUGAAGAAAAGAUUCAAAGCUGCAGCUGAAGAGGCAGAAGAUAUAGUUGAUAUCUUUAUUUCCUCUGUCCACGUUAGAAAUAACGGGUAUUUCACUAUCUCUGAUGUCUUUCAAACAUCUCUGAACCUUGAGGAUGUUAUGAGAUCAAUUAAGUCUAUCAAAGUGGAAUUCAUGACCACAAGAAUCGAUAAUAUGAAGAUUGAUUCGUCUCGAAGAACUGAGUCAGCUGCUGGAACUUCCAACCCUACAAAUUCAUUAGGAUCGAAGAAAGUAUUAGAAGAAAUGGUGGUGGGGCUAGGUGGUGAUGUUGUGCAAAUGCAAUCUGCAGGAACUUCCCGCAGUAGAAGUGCACUCGGAUCGAAGAAAGCAGUGGAAGGAAUGGUUGUGGGGAUUAAUGGUGAUGCUGAGAUAAUACGGGACAAACUUGUUGAAGAUGGAAAGCAUCUGGAUGUGGUCUCUAUUGUUGGUAUGGGUGGAAUAGGUAAGUCAACCCUAGCUAACAAAGUCUUCAUUGAUCCUUAUGUUGUUUAUCAUUUUCAUGUCCGUGGAUGGGUCACUGUUUCACAGACAUAUGACAAGCGGGAUCUGUUGAUUCAAGUUCUGUCAUCCAUAGAUGAUCAGUUAGAGCUUGAGAAAGCAACGGACUCUCAGCUUCAUAAAAUGUUGCACAGGAGCCUAUACCAUCAGAGAUAUUUGAUUGUCAUUGAUGAUAUCUGGAGUACAGAGGCAUGGGAUAAGAUGAAGUUGUUUUUCCCUGACCAUAACAAUGGAAGUCGGAUUCUGCUUACUAGCCGCCUCAACGAAGUUGCUUCGCAUGCAAAAUCACAUGGACUCAUUCAUCAUUUACAACAUUUGACAGAUGAAGAAAGUUGGAAGUUGCUGUGUCAGAAGGUGUUCCAAGGAGAUGAAUGUCCCAAAUGGUUGGUUGAUCCAGGAAAGCAAAUUGCAAAAAACUGUCACGGAUUGCCUCUUUCUGUGGUUGUGAUGGCAGGAGUUCUAGCAAAAGAAACAAGGACUAAAGAUUUAUGGCUCAAAAUUUCUUGCAGGUUCCAUUCAUACAUUGCUAGUGAUGAGAAAGGAUGUCUGGAAACAAUAGCAUUAAGUUACGACCAUCUGCCUCUUCAUUUGAGAGACUGCUUUCUCUAUCUGGGAGGGUUUCCAGAAGACUAUAAGAUAUAUUCACCCUGGUUGCUUUGGGUAUGGAUGGCUGAGGGAUUUAUACAAGAAGAUGGAAGUCGAAGCUUGGAGGAAAUUGCGAACGGUUACCUGAUGGAUCUAGUUGACAGAAAUCUUCUAAUUGUAGAAGAAUUAUAUAUUUUGGGUGGUGUCAGUGUUUGUAAAGUCCAUGAUCUGGUGAGGCAGGUAUGUGUGGAAAAAGGAAAAGAAGAAAGAUUCUUCCUGAAAAUAGACUCCCCACCAUCAAAUCGUCUUUUUGGUAUCAUAGGAAAACAAAACAAGAAAUUAAGAAAUUGGAAAAAGGUAAUUACCACAAAUAAGCCACGUCGUGUGGUCACAUAUCAAGAAAUCAAUAUUAAGAGAUUGUCUCCUCCGCCCACCCCAAGUAUUCGAGCAUUUGUAUGCCUUCAUUGGGAAACAACCAUAAUUCACAAUAUCUCAAAGUUUUUUCGUUCCUUCACAUGUCGUAGGGUGUUAAAUCCAGAAAAGUUUUUAUGUUCCUUUGCACUUCUUAGGGUGUUACUUCUAGAAAAAUGUGAAUCGAAUGAUUUUUCACCCGGUUUAGCAUUACUAGUUCACUUAAGGUACCUUGACAUUUGGGUGUCAUCAUUCCCGCAAUCAAUAUGCAAUUUAUGGAACCUUCAAAGCCUUGGUAUUAAAACAAGUUCUAGGUCUAUGGUUUUACCUAGUAACAUGUCAGAUUUGGUGAAUCUGAGGCGUUUAUACUGUAACGCAGAUCUUUAUCUUCCUUCUAUUGGAAAACCCAUGAAACUACUGGAAGUUAUUAGGAAAGUGGUGUUGGGAGAUGGGGUAGAUAAUUUUCAGAAAUGUUUUCCCGGGAUCAAGGAACUUACAACUACUCUUUACUCUGAUGAGGAAAAUGACUUUGAAGUACUCCAUCACCUUCAAGCAUUGAAGUUAAUUGGGUCGGGCUACAGCAGAAGGAGAUCAGUUGAGCGAGAAUUUCUGAGAGGUGAACCAAACCUGGGAAAAUAUCACAUUAGGUUCCCUGCAACACUGAAAGAGCUUCAACUUAUAAUGUGUGGUCUACCAUGGAGCGACAUGUCGAUCAUUCAAUCGUUACCUAAUCUUGAGGCUCUUCUAAUAAAAGACAAUGGUUUUGAGGGAACCCUCUGGAAAACAGGUGAGGAGCAGUUUCAACGACUAAAAGUCUUGAAACUUAAAAAGUUAAAUAUCAAAAAAUGGGAAGCCUCAAGUAUCAACUUUCCAUGUCUCAAAGAAUUACAGGUGAAGGAUUGUGUUAAUCUGGGAGAGAUACCCCUUGAACUAGGGGAUAUCUCAACACUUGAGUAUAUUGUAGUAAAGAAUUGUGGUGUUUCUCUUCUGGAAUCCGUUCAAAAAAUACAACAGGAGCAAGAUGAUGCGGGAAACUAUGAACUGAAGAUCAGUGUUGAUGGAAGUUAUAUGCCCUCCUGUGAACCCAAUCAUGACGAUUAAUACAUUUUACUUGACACCAUGAAUGUUUAGUACAUAAAUAGUUGGUGUAUUUGCUGCAGCUAGUACAAUGCCUGUUGGUAUUCUUUACCCAAAAUUUGGUAUUGUUCAAUUUGCUUUUUUUCUUUUUAUCUGGUUGAAUCUGUUUUUUUAAUCAAGUGUUCUUACCUGGUUAGGAGCGGAAGGAUAAGCGUUAUUUGUCUUUUAUUGGAAAAGACUUACUCCAAUUAAUUGAAUUAAGCAUCCUACCGGAUCACAUGUUUCAGUUA